UUAGUAAAACUUGACGAAAAGUGAUCAGUGAUUACGUAGUCAUCUUUUUAUUGAAGGAAUUCAAUUUCAAACAAAUUUCUGUGUAUAUUUUAUCGAUUAUUGUAAAAAAUGAAGUUAUCCACGCCUCGUUACACAUUUUGUUUAAUAAGUCAGUUAAUAUUCAUGUUUUGUGAUCUCAUUUUUAACUGCGUAAGUCUUUUUCCGCGCAGUCGCGAUGGAUUACUGGUAUUGUUUAUUUUUCAGGAUUUAUUUCUAAUCCUAUCGCUGACUACUUUACUAAUGACUCUCUUCUCUACAUAUUUAUUUCAAGCAGGUCUAGUAGAAGUGCUGAUUCGUAAAUUCCGUGCUGCCGGCUCAGUGAUACUGGCUUAUAUUGUUGUCAACAUGGUGUUGCAUGCGGUGUGGCUUUUAGAGAAAUGGGCCCAGCCAGAGUCUGUUUCUACUCCGAUGCUCAUAGUUCUAUUUUCACUCCAAAGAUGCUUGUCUCCUUGGUAUUACUUUUUCUACAAAAGGGCAGCUCUCAGAGUGAGCGAUCCACGGUUUUAUGAAGACAUCGAUUGGAUUAAUCAACAGAUGCAGACACACUAAACCAAGGACAAAGUUUAACCAAAGGAGAUAUGAUAUCUAUUUUAUCUCUAGUCAUUAGAAAUAUCUUUAAGUUUAAGAUAUUUUGAUUUAUGUCACACUUGACAGUACA